UGCCCCACCCCGCCCUACGGGGGUCGGAGGUCAUCUCGCCAGGUGCUAAUUUAAACCUGGAGUGGCAAACAUGGCGUGUUUUCUCACUGACUGCUGCUGCAAACAGCAUGACAACGCGCAUAGACACGGCGCUGCACAGCCCGCCGGAGGCGAGGGGAUGGUCCAUGCCACUUUGGUCAGGCCACUGUGUGCCACCAGAGGGCGCUGUGACCAGACCGGGUCCUCACUCUUACGGGCUGGAGCCAUGGCUUCUCCCUGGUUGCAGUUCUGUGUAUGACAGUUUGGUCAGUAACUCUGGAACGGAAACGCCACCCCCCUCUGACUUUAGCGGGGAUGUGGACACCGGUGACAUCACACAACCACCUCGCAGAUCUUCCAUCCUGGAGCGAUGCAUCCUGAGAAUGUCCACUGCCAGCGUUGCCGUGGGAACGGAGGACACCCUCUGCGCUCACGCUCGGGACAUGGAGGCGCUCGAGAGGGCUCAGUCACAGAUGCACCAUGGGCCCCGCUCUCUGGACCCGUCCCGGUGCGAGACCAACGAGGCGGUACUGAAGCGCCGGCAGAAACAGAUCCAGUACGGCAAGGGCACCUGCGGAUACCAGAACUACCUGCAGCAGGUCCCAAAACGCCUGCGGCACCCAGGGCUCCACCCCCGCACCCCGAACAAGUACCGCAAAUACAGCCGGCGCUCCUGGGACCGGCAGGUGCGUGUGUGGAGGAGGGCCCUGCAUGCCUGGGACCCCCCCUCCGGCUCCCCCCACGAUGCCUCCAGCCUGUCGCAGGCCAGCGUGGAGUCGGUCGACCCGGCGGAACACCUACCAGAGUUGCUGCAGCGGAUGAACACAGAUCUGUGUGAGCGAGAGGGAGCGGGGGGGAGCCGGCUGGACCCCAGCGUCCCACAGGGGCCCUCCACAGCCCUCCCUGCCCUGGUGUCACCACUUACCUCCUCACUCUGCCCACAGGUGGGAGCGCCUGGACUCCCAGCGCCUGCCUCUCGCCCUGACCUGGCGUACUCCUUCAACACCCUGCUGUCUGCGGAGGAGAACGUGCUUGGCUGGCUCCGGUUCCUCCUGGAGACCGACCACGCCCAACAUCUGCAGCCGGACGGCUUCGUCCACGGCCGAGGCUUCCAGGGAGACCAGAGAGAUUAAUCUCCCACCGCGCUGGAGCGGAGUAGUCAUAAUUUCCUUUGACAGAGGGACCUGUACUGACCAUGAAAUCAUCCUUGUUUUUGUUUUCCCCCCCCCCCCCUUUCCCCCUAAAACGUGGCACUGCAAAACAGUUCUGGUUCUGCACGCGCGCACGCGCACACACUUGCAGCCUUGCACACAAUUUUUAGUUUUUACACUUUUCACAUUGCUCUGUCUUUGUGUUUUGAAAUUAAUUGCAAAUUUGCACACUUCACCCCCCUCUGAAACACUGCUGCCUGCGUGCUGGGAUUUCUCACUCCAGCAUGUAGUUUCUCAUUUUCAUGUUCCGUUCUGGACCUGCCCAGUGCAUUAUGGGAUUGGAGUAUUUCCGUGGAGUGCCGUGCCAGUCGGUCUGGUUCUGUUUCACAAUAUCAAUUAUGCAUUCUUUUCACCGAAUUCUUCCCAUCUCACCAAACACCCUUUUUUAGGAACUGAAUUCUUAGUGAAAAUGGGCUAAAAUUACACCUUGUUUUGUGUUUGUUUUAGUUGAUUUUAUUUUUGCUUGUUUGUCAUUUUGUACUUUAGUACUAAUGCAAAGUGAAUAAAAAGUUCAAUAUACAGCACAAUAUAUUUCAGUAUUAAUUUCAGGUUUGAACAGCGCUGUCAGUUUCGGUUAAAUUAUAGGUUUCAAUUUAAAAUAAAAAAUGGUGUUUUCUCUCGGCAUCAGUUUAUAUGAGAAGUGUAUAUUGCCCGAAUGUAAUGUAACGUAUGCGAAGCCAAAACGCUGAUUGCAGUAAUGCGAAUGUCCAGAGGGUGGCGGCAGAUUCGUAACCCCACUCCCAACGGUUGACCGAAAUGGCAUGCCCUGCUAAAUCUGUAAAGUUGGUUUAUUCGUUGUAAAGGUGUUUGUUCUUAACAACGCAGGCGAUGCGUCUCUGUGUUCUGAUGGUUCAUUAAAGACACCCCUUAACUUUCCAGUUAACCCUGAAUGCAUCUUUCCAUUUUGUGGGUCC